AUGAUCAGUUUGUUGGAAAAAACACCAAACAAACCAAGAAGAUAUCUUAAUACGACUUUGGUAUCUGAAACAAAUCCAUUUUCGGUGCAAUAUUUCAGAAGUCGAAAAGAAAUAAAAGCUGAAAAGAUACGACAGCUGGAAAAAGGAUAUUGGUAUGUAAUUCAUCCUUUCAGUAAAUUUAUACAGAUUUACGAUUUUUGGCUUCUGUUGCUGUAUGGAAUAAUAGUAAUUGUAAAACCUUUGGAUGCAUGUAUUCGAGAUGGAGGUAGUGCGCAUUGUCCGACGCCUAAAGAUUUCAAAUAUUUAGAUAGAACCGAAAUAUUCAUAAUUCAUGCAAUAUCUUCAACAACUGUUGAUUUAUUGAGUUGGAGCGAUAUCGUGGCUCAAUUUUUUAUAGGUUUUCACAGUAUAAAACCCGAUAAAAUCGAGCUUAAUCCAAGAAAGAUUGCAAAGAGAUACCUAUUUGGACCAUUCUUUGUUAUCGACGUUAUUGGAUCAAUUCCAAGGUUCUCGCUAAGAUUAUUCAUGGAUAACCCACCGUUAUGGCAACAACGAUCUAUAGCUUCCGUAUAUUCAGAAUACAUAUUCAGAGCCUCAGCUUACUUCUUGCAAGUUUCACUUCCGCAAGACUAUUAUCAAAAACUAAGUGUCGAUGAACAGAUACUGAUAUUACUAUCUUAUGGAAUUGGUAAAAUAUUCUUAAUUGUAAUGUGGACCAAUCUAGCAGUUAAUAUACUGGCAACUAGAAUGGUCACAAUACGUUACCAUAGGUUUAUGACCCAAGUUGAAGACUUUUUGCAGCAAAAGAAAAUUCCUUAUCAGAUAAAAAGUAAAAUUAUCAACUAUUGCCAUUACAAAUACCAAGGAAAAUACUUUCAGGAUGAAUUUUUGACUUUUUUAAUGUCAAGCCGUCUUAGACAAGAGGUUAAAAUGUGGACGUGUAGAUCAUUAAUUUUAGCUAUACCAGUAUUCCAAGAGCUUUCUUCAGAUGAAAUGAAUGAAAUAGCACGUGUUCUUAUACCAGAAAUUAUUCUUGCGGCAGAUUUAGUUUUUAAUUCCGGAAAUGUUGCAGAAUAUUUAUACUUCAUAUAUAGUGGAACAGUUGCAAUAUACACUUUUUCUGGUAUAGAAUUGUGUCACUUGGAAGAUGGUGCUUAUUUUGGAGAGAUUUCUUUUGUUUUGAAAAAAGAUAUUAGACCAUUCUCGGUAAUUGCUGUAGAAACUUGUCAACUAUAUAAAAUUCACAAAAAAGAUGUGGAGAAAAUAUUUUCAAGACACAAAAACAUUCAUGAAACCAUGAUAAAACAAGCCAAGUUAACGGUAAGAGCGGCUAGAAUAUUGGAAAAACAGUACAAAACAACAAAACGCAAAAGAUAUCCAUCAUCAACUUCUAAUUUAACUGAACCGUGA